AUGGCGGUCUUUGUCGGCGGAGCUCCGGCAAGUGGUGAUCAUGCGCCGCCAGAGCCUCUGCCUUGCUCUUUAUUACCUUUACCAAACAUUUUACCACAUCUUCACUUCCGUCGAUAUGCGAAGGUCGGCAACACCAAAGCAACGAGUGGUCGCUUUGAGCUCAGGGUGACGAAGAUCCGACGACAAAGAGUGACACCAUCAGUUUCUUGUGGUCGAUUCGAUCUCCGCUGUACCAAGAUUCGUGAGGAAAGGAUUCAUUUAGGUACACCCCCAUUUACUGAAGACGCUUUGAAGACGAAGCAAAAGACAGCACACACACCAGACUCUAUUGCAUCUUCUUUUGCUGAAAACGACGUGGAGCAUAUUACAUUAUACCAAACGUGCUUGUUUACACAUACGAAAUACCUGUAUAGUGGCAACAAUAGUGGGCGAAAGGGUGCGCACUUUGAUUUGGCACUUGAUACAUGGACUGCCACAAACCUUGCAAAAAAAGAAUUUUUUGCUUGCCAGAACAAAAUGGCUGAAGCGAGCCAGGCCGAGAAAAAACAAAACUCCAUUGCAGCAUGUAUCCAAUGUUUGGCAACAAUGGACGAAAUCACUCCCGACCAAUAUGUUAAGGCGUGUGAGAGUUUCCGUGAUAAAGCAACGAGGAAAAUGUUCAUGCAGAUGCUACCCAACAUGCAGAUGCAUUGGGUUCGUAAGCUUGCUUAGGAAUUAUGGACUUUGUACAGAUGCAAUUUUGUUUUGUUCAGCAUCCAAGUUGUUGUAUGUCAACGUAUGUA